AUGAAAUAUUUAGGUUCGAUAUUCAGCAAACUCAAAGGCGCUGACAUGUUUUCUUACAAGUUCACUCUGAAUUUCAAACAGAAGAAGAACUACCACACUUUCAUCGGAGCAGGGGUGUCCAUCAUCAUCUGCAUAAUAUGCAUUUUGUAUGCAAUAUUUCUGUUUAGUGCCAUGUUUCAGCGAAAGAGGACAUCUACUAAUUCCGGAAUCAUCCGAACGGACAAGAUUCAGGAACCUCUGAAUGUAACUAUGAACGAUGAAGGAAUCUACAUUGCACUCAGUGCGAGAGCCGGCAAUGCUUCAGGAAUUGAUGCUAUUGAAGAAGGGAUAGUCAAAAUAAGAUUAGCAGGGAUAAAAUUUAAACUCAAUCGUUUGGUUAACUCUGAAGGAGGAAUCCCUGAAAUUUCAAGCGAAAUUCAUAAAUGUAAUCAAACAUCUUUUCCUUAUGACCCUCAAAUCUCAACCAACAGGCUUGAAAUAAAUUACCCUCUGUAUUGUUUCGAUAGAGCUGAUCUGAUGAAAUUGGUGUAUCGAGACUUUAAUGAAGGUGAUAAUAUCCAAUUUGCAUUGCUAAGUGAUGUUUGACCUGGGAACAGCUGAACAGAAGACCAAAAAGAGAUUGCUGAGAGCCAUCCUAUAGAAAUUAAUCUGCUUGUGCUCAGCAAGUACUAUGACUCUUCAGACCCCAUAAACCCUGUAAAGACAUAUGUCCAGAACGAUUACUCAUUCUACAUUCCAAAAGGGAAGCUAUCAUUUUAUAAUUAUGACUUGGUUAGAAACCGAUACAGCAUUAGCGACUGGGACUCAGUGCUUCUUGGGGAGAAGUCUGGAGAAUUCUAUGACAUCGAACAAGGAAGUAACUAUUUCGGAGAGAUACAAACUGGAGGAACCGGUCUUUCUAUUUUGUUUAAAGUCUCAAGUGUUAUCAGGAACUAUGAAACAAGCGUUAUAGGGUUCCUUGAUGUGUUCGGUCAAGUCGGAGGUCUCUUUGAAAUACUGUUCCUGUUCUCCUCCAUAUUGGUCAAAAGAGUGACUGAGGUAUUAUACAAAAGAGAUAUCAAUGCAACUGAAAGCCAAAUCAAAAGAGGCGAUGGGUGGUUUUCUUAUCCAUCACAAUCAGAAAAAGCUGGUAGAAACAAACAGAAACGUAAAAAUAAAAGAAAGAGGUUCAAUGAUUUAGCUCCUUUGCUAUUCCCAACAUUUAGAAAUCAAGUAAUGCUUAGAGAGCAAAGAAGACAACAAGAAGCCAUUGACAGGAGCUUAGUUUAUCAAGAAGAGCAACCUGUGGUCAGUAAACUCACUGAAAUACAAAAUAUUCGGAAGGAGAUUAGGCUUCAUGACCAGCUCACACAAGAAUUAGAUAUCGUGAAUAUAUCUCAGUCGUUGGGGGAACUCAAAAUGUAUGUAGGAUAUUUACUUGACAAAGACAAACAAGGGAAUAAUAAUCUGCAUGGCACCCACUCUAAUAAUCCAAACAGCAUUUAGCGACAAUAGACAGAGUAAACUACUGGCUUCCGUCAGCAAGAAUCCACCUCUUCCUCAUAGUCCAAUCAAGGAGAAACAGAGCCUCCCCCUUAGAGAUGAGGAAGAAGGACUUUGAAACAUGGAAGAAAGCAAACAUUGUAUUCAAGAAAAAAGGCCUCCACAUAUAUUAAGGAAGUCUAUGUUUGAUUACGACCGAGUUCCACUAUCAAACUCAGGUUAUAAGAAUAGAGAAGCUUAGACAAGUUUA